AUGGAAAAGAAAAAAAAAAAAAAUAGUUUCUUGUUACAAGGUUAUUUUAAAAAAUCUUUAAAUUCAACAGAUAACAACAAUAAUAAUAAUAAUAAUAAUUAUUACCCAUAUGAUGAAAAUUCUCUUGUGAAAUUAACAAAUCCAUACAAUAUAACAACUGAUAAUGGUAAGAAACUAUUUUGUAGAAAUCCCCUUGGGUUAGUUUCUUAUUAUCGUUGUACGGAAGGAACUGCAAAUAUUUUAAGUGACACUUCAGGAUGUAAUAGAUUAGCCUAUAUAAAAAAUUAUGACCAGUCAGACCGAGUGUGGUACUACCAGUUUGAAAGGAACGAACUCAUAAUUAAUAAAGAUGAGAGAGGGAAACAAUUAAAUGGAAACUAUUGCAUAAAAUUAAGCGGGAAGUCAAAUUGUUAUAUAGAAAUCGAGUCUGAUAGUUGCCUAGAACUAUUAGGUGGAAAUUAUAGUAUGAAUGAAAAAAGUAUACUUAUAAAAAAAGAGAUUUUCAAAAACCUAACAAAUGAUAACAAUGAAGGUUUUACCUUUGAAAUGUGGAUAGGAAUACAUGAAUCCCUUUUUGACAAGAAAGGAGAGAAAAAAAAAAAAAAAAGUAAUAAAAAAAAAAAAAAAUAUGUACAAUCCAGUGAAGAUGAAAAUGAAGAUAACAAUGAAGAUGAUGAAGAAGAAUAUAGUAGUUAUAUAAAUUCUAAGGGUAAUAAAAAGAAAUGUAUAUGUUUAAUACAAAAGGGCAAAUCAUGUGAAUGGAAUAUUUGUCUCGUUAUUGAUAAUGAAAAAGAAGAAUGUUUCUUUGUUAUCAAUUUUAAAGAUAAGAAAUAUCAGUUUGAUACUUUUCCUAUAGCUCAUUUGAAGAGUGUUCUUAUAAAAAAACAUUAUUGGAUAAAUAUAUCGAUUAUAUUUAAUUUAACUAUUGAUUUAAUAUAUGUGAUAUUAUCAGGAGAUGAUAAUUAUUUUUUAAGAGUGAUUAAAAAUUCUUAUUUAAUAUUUUAUAACACUUUGUUAUAUCCCACAAAUUUCUUUAUUGAUAAUAAUAGGCAGUUACCCUUAUGUAUAGGAAUACAGCCCGAGGAGGGUGGUGGUCAUGAAAAUAAUAUAAUAGAAGAAAAGGGAUAUAAUAUUUCAAAUGAUAAGGGAAAAAAGAAGGAUGCUAAAAGCAUUACAGGGUUAGAAAAGGAGAAGAAACGUUAUGAUAAUAAUUAUGUAUACAUUUCUUUUUUAAUAACAGAGAUACGGUUAUACGUGUCUAGUCGUUCUGCUGAUUUGGUUAUGAAAGAAAAGAAGUCUGUUUUGAUGGGUGAUUUUGUUUAUGGCGAUAUGGGUAAUAGGAAAGAGAAGAAAGAGAAGAAAGAGAAGAAAAAGAAGAAGAAAUAUAAUACAAGCUCUGACAAAGAUGAAAGUGAAUCAUACGAAGAUAUUGAUAAUAAUAAUAAUAGUAAAAGUGGUGAUGAUAGUUAUGACCAGAGCGAUAAUAAUAUAAAUAAUAAUUAUAGUUCCAAUAGUGAGAAGAAAAAUGAAAACUUACAUUUAAAAAAGAAAAAGUAUGAAGAUAAUAAGAUACAAAUUAAAUAUAAGGGUUUGAAAAAACCAGUGGUUAUAAAUUCUCCAGAUGAAAAUUCCGAAAGUGACGAAAUGAAAAAAAUAUAUGAUAAGAAUGGGAAAGAGCUAGGUAGCAGAUCAUUGGAAAAAGGCAAAAACCGAACAAAAAACAAUAUUUAUAUUGACCAUGAGAAAAAAAAAGAUGACGAGAAAGAUAUAUUUUUUAAAUACAAUAAUGAUAUUGGAGGAGAAGAAAAAAAAAACAUUGCAGAUCGUUGUAGUGAGUUCAAUAUAGAAAUUGAAGAAAUGAAGAAGAGGUUUAGUAAAUUUAGUGAUGAGAUGAAAGAAAAGGAAAGAAAAAAGAAUUACAAAAAGGAGGAAAAAAGAAAGGUGAAUAAUAAUAAUAAUAUUAAUAUUAAUAAUAUUAGUAAUAGUAAUAGUAAUAGUAAAGAUUUUUUCCAGUUCGAUGGGGAAAAUUCAAAUGAUUUUACACCACAUUUUUCAAAUUCCAAAGGUUUGGAAGAGAAGGAUUUACCAGAUUCAUGUGAUGAUGAUUUUUUUGUAGGAAAUAAUAAAAAAAAAAAAGAUGUAAAUGUGACAUCUGAUAGUUCGUCUGAAGUUGAUGAAAUGAAAAAUAAGAAUAUAAAUAAAUAUACAAAUAAAUAUACAAAUAAAAGUAAAGAUGAUAUUAUAAAUAAUAACAAUUUUGUUAAUUUUGAUGAAAUAAAUCCUAAUGGAUCUUUUUAUUUCCAUUUUUCCGAUGAAAAGGAUAAAUCAAGUGGUGAGGAAAACAAAAGAAAUGAUGACUUUUAUUUCGGGAAAGGGGGAAAAGAUAACAGCAUGAAAGAUGUAUUUAGUAAUAAUAAAAAAGAAGAAAUAAAAUUAAAAGGUUCUACUAAUAUGUUUUCAGAUAAUAUAGAAAAGGGUGAUAGGUUAAUAUAUAAUAAUGAGAAUAAUAAAGAAAAUAAUAAAGAAAAAUAUAUAAAUUUCAUUGUGAACGAAUUUAAAGACAAAUUCGAACAUGAAUUUAUUGACAAGUUUGUUGAUACGAUUUCAUCGAAACUUAAUUUGAGUGACAAAGAGAGAAUGGAGUUAGUUGAAAAUAUUAAAAAUAGAGGAAAGGAAAAAACCGAAUUAACAUAUAAAGAUAUAGAUAAAACACAACAGUAUCAAAAUGAUGCUAGUUUGAAUUUAUUAUGGGGUGAUGAGAAAAAGAAUAAUAAAUAUGAUAUAGAUAUAGUAAAAGAGAAAUAUAAUGAGUUAAUAAAAAAAAAAGAAUAUUCAGAGCAAAAGAGUUUUUAUAAUGAAAUUAAAGAGGAACUUAAAAGGGUCAAACAAAAAACGGUUAUUGAAAAAGAGAUGGAUGAUUAUAUAAAACAAAACCAGUUAAUGAAUGAGUAUUAUUGUAAAAAAUAUAAGGAGUAUUAUGAUAGUGACAAAAGUUCAGAAGAUAUUAUAGGUGAUGAACAUGUGAAAGAUUAUAUAGAUGGAGAAGAUUAUAAAUGUGUGAAAGAGGAUUCAGGUGAGGAUUACAAAAUUGAAAAGGAUGAUUAUAAUAAAUGUGAUAAAGUUGGAGAUGGGUUAUAUUUGAAUUGGGAUAAUAAAAAAAUCAUACAUGUUAUUCCUAAUGAACAUGAAGAAACAGAUGGUUAUGUGGAUCAGAUAAAUUCGGAUGGUAGUAAUUCUGUUGUUAAUAUAAAAUAUGAAAAAAAGUCAGACGUGAGUGAUUUUACAUUUAAUAAGUAUAAAAAUGUGUUAGAUGAAGAGGAGGAAGAGAACAAACAACAUUUUAAAAAAAAUUUAAAAAAAAAAAAUAAAAUAGAUGAUGAACCAUUUGAAAAAAAUGUAUAUAAUAAGGAAGAAAGAAAGUGUAUACAUAAAGAUGUUUUUCCAUGUAGUGAGAAUGAUUCGUCUAUUAUAUAUCAUAAAGAUGAACUUGUUUCAGAAUAUUCAAAUGCUAUUAUAUCAAAAGAGGAUGAUAGUUAUCAAAGAAGUUAUUAUGAUGAGACAUAUGAUAAAAUGAAUAAAGAAGAAGAAAUGAAUGUAGGAAAGAAAUAUUAUAAAUAUAUUUGUCCUUUAACUCCUUAUGAAAUAUAUAUUAUAGAGAAAUUUUAUAAGCAUGGAAUAAAAGAAGAAUUAAAAGAAUUUAGAAAUAAAAAUUAUAUGUCAUCAUGUAAUAAUAAUAAUAGUAAUAUGUCAAGAAAUCCAAUAAAUAUAACAUAUAUUAAAUAUAAAAUAUGCUUAAUGAAAUCUUUGCUUAAUAUUAGUUUAAAGUAUAUUCAAGAGAAAAAAUAUACAAAAGCAUUAAAAGUAUGUAUACGUAAUAGUGAUUAUAUAAAAAAUUUUGUUAGAAGUUAUUGUAUUUUAAAAUAUAAGAAAUUAAAAGAUAAUUAUAAGUAUGUUGAUUUUUAUUUAAAUUUGGAUAGUUCAGAAAUAACUAUGGAUGAAUUAAAAAAUGUAUUAAAAACGAAUGUAAGGAAUAUAACAAUAUGUAAAAUUUUAUUAAUGAUAAAUGAAUAUAAACAUUAUAGAUAUAUUGAGAAUUCAUCACUUAUAUUAAUAUUAUAUUCUAUAUUAUGUCGUAUUGUAGUAAAUACAAAGCUAUUACAAUAUGUUUUAAGGAAAUUUAUAAAACGUUUGUUUGUUCGAGGAUGUUUAUUUUAUGUUCAAAAGAUGUGUGAAUUUUAUUUUUUGUUAUUUCCUUAUGAAGAUAAAGGGAAAUAUGAAUCUUUUAAAACGAAAGGUAUAAAAAAAGAAAAUGCACAAGAUAAUAAUAAAAUGUUAUUGAACCAGAUAUAUGAGCUUUCAAAAAACAAUUUUCUUAUAUAUUCCACAUGUUAUAAGAGUCAUAAAUUUGCUCAAAUAAAUAAUUAUCAAUUAAAUUUUGAAAAAUGUAUAUCAUAUUUUUCUCCUGAGUGGGGAUAUUAUAUAUACACGACAAGUAAUUUUAAUAUUUUUUCUUCAACAGUAAAAUUUAAUGGUUUUUUAAAAAGUUCGUCCAUAGACUUUUCAUUAAUAUCAGAGGAGAAGUAUGAAUCAUUGUUUGAUGACCCUUCGAUGGUUAUUCGAUAUGAUGUAAAUAGUGACGAGACAAAAAUGUUUUGUAAUAAUAUGUUGAAGGGGGGUGAUCCUGAGGGUGCUCAAAAAUCGGUGCCUUUUGUGGGUGACGAGUUAUUGAUAGAAAAUAAGGAUAAUAUUAAAAGUGAAGGUGAUGAUAUUAAAAAUGAGGGUGAUAAUAAAAUUGAAGGUGAUAAUAAAAGUGAAGGUGAUAAUAAAAUUGAAGGUGAUAAUAAAAGUGAAGGUGAUAAUAAAAGUGAAGGUGAUAUUAAAAAUGAUGAUACUUUUAAAAAUGGUGAUACUAUUAAAAAUGAUGGUGAUGAUAAUUUAGAAUGUGACCCGUUCAACUUUGAAAAUCGUAAUAAUUCUAUUGUUCUGCAUGGCAGUAGUAUAGAAGAUGGGAAUAAACUUUUAUCAUCAGAACCGACGACUUCAAAUAAAAUAAAAUGUGCACUAGAAGAUAUAUCAUCUAAGAAUGAUUGUUUACAUGUAUAUUUAUUAAAUUAUGAAAAAAAAAAAAGAAAUUAUUACAUUAUCGAUGAAAAUUUAAAACGUAUUCAAUUUAGUAGGAACAAAACGAAUUACCAUUUAGAAACGUUUUAUGAGCUUCAUAAUAAUGAUAAAAAUAAUGAAAAUAAUAAUAGAAGAAAUAAAUUAGAAGAUAAUGUUAUGAGUAAAAUUAAUCGUGAUGCAUAUUUAAAUUCAUCGAAAUAUGCAUAUAAAAAUACCCAACUAUUAGGAAGUUGCCCAUAUUGUAAACAUGCUUUUAAUUUUUUUACAAGAACAUGUAACAUAUGUCAAAGAUAUGUUCAUAUAUGUUAUUAUCUUUUUAUUUAUUGUACUUAUAAAUACCACUGCGAGUUGUGUGAUGCAACAUAUUCAGAAAAG